CGUGUAGUGUUGUCUCGAUGUAUUAUUGCAGUUAAAAAAUUUCAAGAAAAACUCGUGCUUUCGUGUGAAUUUUGUGAGAACAAUACUAUCAUACCUGGAUAGAUAAAUUAUUUUGACUUCUUACUACAAGAAGUUUAUAACUCAACUAGUCGUACGGACAAAAAUACAUGUCGCCGAAAGAGUUGAAUUUCACUUUUUCAUUUCGGAACUACACGACACUUUUUGAAUCGACAAACGUAUCAAGUGCUUUAGUAAAUAUUUAAUUAAUUUAUUUGAAAUAAUUAAAUAAAAUGUCUGUUGCCUAUGCGCAACGAGGUAGACCACCUCCCACACCAGCUCAAAUACAAAAAAUGCUGGAUGAAAAUAGUCAUCUUAUACAGACUAUACAAGAUUAUCAGAGUAAAGGAAAGUCACAAGAAUGUAUACAGUAUCAGCAAAUGCUACACAGGAAUUUAGUAUAUUUGGCAACUAUUGCAGAUGCAAAUCAAAAUAUACAAGCAUUAUUACCUGCUCCUCAAACUAUACCCAAUGGACCACAUCAUGGUAUGAUGGCACCUCAAGGUCCACCCAAUGUGCCUGCUUCUGCUGGUCCUGGGGGAGAAAUACCUCCCAAUGCACAGCAACAAUUACCAAUGUCUGGCUUCAAUCAAGGCCAGCCAAUGCCACAAGGUGCAUAUAGAGGACCAAUGAUGCCUGGUCAAGGGCCACCAAUGAAUCGGCCACCAGCAGGCUCACAGCCAUACAGAGGAGGACAACAAAAUUACCCUCCUCAACCACCUCAACAAGGUUACCAUCCACCUUAUGCUAAUCAAGGCCCAACAGCAAAUUACCAGGGUCCCCAGAAUGCCAAUUAUGUACCUGCUGGUCAACAAAAUCAAUAUGGACCCCCGAAUGCACCACCACAACAGCAAGGCUACCCUACUGCUGGGAAUCAACCGAACUAUGGACCUCCAGCAGCAGUAAACAACUAUGGACCUCAGCCUGGUGGUUACCCCAAUGCCAAUCAAGCUCCUGCAGGCUAUGGACCACCACCUCCAAAUCAACAAGGAUAUCCUCCAUCUAAUGCACCUCAACCGAAUUUUCCAAGUGCAGGACCGCAGCAGCCGCCUUAUGCAAGUCCUAGCCCACAGCCGAGUUAUCAACAGCCCCCCAGUCAAGGCCCUCCUCCUCCACCACCGCAAAAUGCCUACAGUCAGAAUCCACAAGCUACCAAUUAUCCGCCGUCUUCUGCGCAAGGCUAUCCUAACAGCGUUCCGCCUCAGCAACAUUAUCCGCCGCCACCGCCGCCGCCUACGUCAAAUACUCAACAGACUCAACCCCCAGUACCACAACAACCUCCUCAGCAACAGCAGCAGCCCGGACCAUCACAGCAGCAGCCUCCAUACAGUAAUCAACCGAGUCCAAGCCAGCAACAGCCAGGCGGUGGACCGGCGCAGUACGGCCCAACUUCGAGUGCACCUCCGUUUAACACUACAAGUAAUGCAAAUACCUAUGUACAAAGCGGCCAAUCCACCGGAACGCCAUCUGCCUCGACACAAACAAUGACUCCCAACAAUCCACCUCCUCCAACGUCUCAACAAGGUACUUAUCCUCAAGCAGCACCACCACCUCCUAAUUGGGGAAAUCCGGUGCACUCGCCUCACCAGCCCCCUCAUCAGCCGCCGCCACCACCACCGCCGCAUCAGUCGCCUCAUCAAGCGCCCCAUGCUCCACCACACCAGCCGCCUCCACAUCAGUCUUCCCACCCCCCUCAUCAGCAGCAAGCAUCUCCACAUCCACCGCAUCAGCAACCAUCGCCACAUCCACCGCAUCAGCAACCGUCGCCACAUCCGCCGCAUCAGCAACCGUCGCCACAUCCACCGCAUCAGCAACCAUCGCCUCAUCCACCUCAUCAGCAACCAUCGCCACAUCCACCACAUCAGCAACCGUCGCCACAUCCGCCAUCGCAGCAUCAACAGCAACACCAAGCGCCGCCGUCGCACCAGUCGCCACAUCCAUCCCCGCAUCAAUCUCCACAGCAAGCGCCUCCAUCUCAGACUCCUCCUCAGUCACAGCAGCAGCAACAAUCUCCUAGUCCUGCCCCUUCAGGUUUCCAGCCGCAGCCGCCCACUGGUCCGUCCCAAGGCCCUGGAGGACCUCCGCAACCGCAGCCGCAGCCGCCGACUGGCUAUGGGCCACCACAGCAGUCUCACCCAGCGACGACGCAAACCUACGCUCCUCCAACACCAGGUGUACAGUCUCAAGUUUACCCACCUCAUCCUCCACAGCCAGGUCAGCACUAUGGUUACCCGCAGUACCCUCCUCAGAAUUAUCACCCGCCGAGACCACCUACCGGUCACAUGCCUCCACCGCCAGGCCCGCAAGGCCCUCCUCCCAACCAAUAUGCUGGUUAUGGCUACCAGCCGCCUCCACAAUAGAUGAGCGUACACUCAUGA